GGGAGCUGGCGGCCUCUGCUCGACGAAUCCGCCUGAAAGCAAGUCGAGGAAGCGUCCUUGCUUGUUGUCGCAAACAUGCCUACUAUCACCCGUGCCAAGAAGCAGCAGUCUAUCAUUGAACAGUUACCUGGACCUAGGGAAAAAGGCAAGGACGCUUCCUCGAGUUGCUUUCCGGCUGAUUCGUCGAGUGAGGCCGUCAAGACUUGGUUUCUAGUGCGCAUUGCUUUGUACAGCAGUCCCGUCUCGUCGCCUGAGCAGCGGCUCUUCUCUAUCCAGAGAACAGUGCUAGGGAGGUGCUGAGCUGUUCCACCAGGUGACCUUAGUCUAGUCCUCUGCCAGUCUGUUGGAGAUCCUUCUCCUGAGUGGUAGAGGACAUCGGCUGGCCUGGGGCAAGAGGAACUCUGGGCUCCGGGGGCGGGGCCGGAGCCGGAGGAGAUGCCCCUCCAUGUGAAGUGGCCAUUCCCCGCGGUGCCCCGGCUCACCUGGACUCUAGCCAGCAGCGUCGUCAUGGGCCUAGUUGGCACCUACAGCUGCUUCUGGACCAAGUACAUGAACCACCUCACCGUGCACAACAAGGAAGUGCUGUAUGAGCUCAUUGAGAACCGAGGCCCUGCCACCCCCCUUAUCACCGUCUCCAACCACCAGUCUUGCAUGGAUGACCCUCAUCUCUGGGGGAUCCUAAAACUCCGCCACAUCUGGAACCUGAAGUUGAUGCGUUGGACCCCAGCAGCUGCAGACAUCUGCUUCACCAAGGAGCUGCACUCCCAUUUCUUCAGCUUGGGCAAAUGUGUGCCUGUGUGUCGAGGAGAUGGUGUCUACCAGAAAGGGAUGGACUUCAUUUUGGAGAAGCUUAACCAUGGGGACUGGGUGCACAUCUUCCCAGAAGGGAAAGUAAACAUGAGUUCUGAGUUCCUGCGCUUCAAAUGGGGAAUUGGACGGCUGAUUGCUGAGUGUCAUCUGAAUCCCAUCAUCCUGCCACUGUGGCAUGUUGAUAAACCAGAGGAGGGCAUUGUAUCCCAUUACAGAUGGUUGUAAGCCACCAUGUAGUUGCUGGGAAUUGAACUCAGGACCUUCUGGAAGAGCAGUCAGUCCUAUUAACUGCUGAGCCAUCUCUCCAGCCCGACAGGAGAUAUUUAAAAAUAUUUACUUAGUCUCUAUGUGUGUGUGUGUGUGUGUGGGGGGGGGUGGCUCCCAGGUGCCAGAGCAUGGGUGUGGAGGUCAGAAGACAACUUGUAAGAAGAAAUCUGUUCUGUCUUCUACCACGUGAGUUCCUGUGAUUGAUCAGGUUGUGUGAGACUGAGCCACCUUCCUCAUCUAACAAACACAUCCCCCCCCAACAAACACUCUUAAAUACUCUUCUUAUAUGUUCUUCCUGUGAGGCCAAAUAAAUAGUGCAUUAGUUCCCUAGGGUGCUGUAGCAAAUUGCCACAAACUAGACAUCUUAAAACAGAAUUCUUUCUGAUAAUUUUCUAGGCUACAAGUCACAAAUCAGGGUUUUGAUGGAGCCGAGUUUGCUCUGAGGGAACUAGGAGAGAAUUGGUUCCUGCUUUUCCUCUCCUGGUGGUGUCAGAAAUCUUUGUGUAUUGGCAUGUAGCUGCAUCACUGCAGUCUUUCUUUAUAUGGCUUUCUUCCCUGUCUGCCUCUAUGUUUUCCUCUCUUGCCUAGUGUGGUGGCAUGUAGCAUUUAGAAGAGGUGGAAACAUGAGGACCAGGAAUUCCAAGUCAUUAUUGCCUGUGUAGUGAGUUUGAGGCCACCCCAGGUUAUGUGAGCCCAUCACAAAUAAACAAAAAGUAAGUAAAUAUAUUUCUCUCUUUAUAAUGACCAGUCAUCAGGUUAUGGCUCAUCCUUCCAUAUUGUGACAUUAACCAUCAGUGUGAGUUUAUUAUAAACUGAUUACAUGUUCAAACACCCUGUUUCCAAAUUAAGAUGCAUGUACAACUUUGUGGGGGGCAUGAAUUUGGGUCAAACACUAAUUAAACAAUACAUAUUUAAACAAUACACUGUAAAUACACUGUAAAAAUCAUACAUCAGUUAGAGUAGUAGUUCAGUUGUUUUACCACAAUUAAAAAAAAUGUUUAUUUCAUGUGCCUUGGUGUUUUAUCCACUUGUGUGAGGGUGUCAAAUCCUCUGGAACUGGAAUUACCAACAGUUGGGAGCUGCCAUGUGGGUGCUGGGAAUUGAACCUAGGCCCUCUGGAAGAGCAGCUGAUGCUCUUAACCCCUGAAGUAGCUCAGUUAUAUAAUUUACGAUUGGCACACAAGAGACUCUACGCUCAAUUCCCAGUACCAACAACACAAAGCAAAAAGAUAAAAAAAAUUUGUACAUACCACUGCCUAGAUUCUGUUUUAGAAACUUAGCAUAUGUGUUUUAUCAUACACCUAUCUUUGUAGCUUGACAUUAGUUCAGUUCCUCCUAAAUCAGUGUUUUUCAGUGCUGCAAUCCUUUAAUACAGUUCCUUAUAUUGUGUUGACCCCAACCAUAAAAUUAUUUAUCAUUGCUACAUUAUUUUAAUUUAAUUUUUGCUAGUUAUGACAGUUGAUAUGCAACUCCUGUGAAAGAGUCGUUUGACCCUGAAGGGGUCGUGACCCAUAGGUUGAGAAUCACUACCUUAGGUUAAUCAGCAUAUAUGUUAGGAGAGUUAAAGAUUUAGUUGUAGUAUUUCUUGAACUUAUUUGUAAAGAUAAUCAACAAGACUAAUAAAAAUGGCACAGAAAGUGAGUUCCAGGACAGCCAGGGCUACACAGAAAAACCCUGUCUCAAAAAACAAAACAAACAAAAAACAAAACAAAAAAAAAACAAACCAAAACAAAGCAAAAAUGGCACAGAAUCCGAGCAGUGGUGGCGCACACCUUUAGUCCCAGCACUUGGGAGGCAGAGGCAGGAGGAUUUCUGAGUUUGAGGCCAGCCUGGUCUACAGUGUGAGUUCCAGGACAGCCAGGGCUACACAGAGAAACCCUGUCUCGAACUCCCCCCACCCCCAGCCAAAAAGACCAGAAACAAAAACAAAAACAAAAAAAUGGCACAGAAGUGUAGGCAGGUUUGGUGGCUCACUGCUGUAAUCCUAGCACUUGAUUCAAGGUUGAGGUUUACAUAGUGAUUUUGUUCAGACCACAACCCUGUUUCAAAACAAAACCAACCAACCAAACAACAAAAUCCAGAAAAGUCUCUACAUGUGUUUGUGCUGGCAACUUCCAUUUUCUGACUCUAGCUGUCAGUUCUUCCUCUAGUGCAAAUCACAAGGAAGGAUAAUCCCUUUGGAGUCCCCCCCUAAUUUACAGUGGGAUUGCCCUUGUCUGUUGGCAAGUGAUGCUUAGUAAAAAGAAACAGUGUUUUGCUCUGA